GUCAGAACCGCCCAUAUCGCAUUGACACGGCAGCGCUUUUGGCCGCGCAUUUCACAGAACCAUGCCGUCGAAACGAAAGCUCCCGUCUCUUGGCCUUGAGCGCAGAGUUAGGGCGAGAAAGGAAGAAAAGUGGGAGCCAGAACCAGAUUCAGAGGCAAACUCAUCUGGCGGCGAGGCGUCCGAGGAGGGAGUUGGCGGUCGCGAUAACGAUGAGGAGGAUGGAUCUUCGCCAUCAGAAGACGAAUCUCGGUCUGGAUCAGAGUCCGACUCGGACGACGAUGACGAUGCGCCGCCCAAGCUCGACCUCUCCUCCGUCUCCUUUGGCGCGUUGGCCCGCGCUCAGGCUUCCCUCCCAGCACCAGAUCGCAAAUCGAAGAAAUUAAAGUCGCAGAACCCCAAAGAAGAAGACACCCCGCAGCCGUCUGUCCGCGAAGCCCGCAGAAAGGAGACGCAGUCCAAGCCGCCGCCGCCGCCUAAGCGCUCGUCCAAGCACGCGCCCCAGGAGCAGACGUCAAAGCGACAGGUGUCGCGCUCCCGCGAGAUCCUGCCCGACCUGCGGCGCAAGGCGCGGGACCCGCGCUUCGACCCGCUCGUGGGCAAGCUCGACGAGGCCAAGGCCAAGAAGGCCUACGCCUUCCUGGACGAGUACCGCGACAGCGAGAUGGCGGACCUGCGCGCACAGAUCAAGAAGACCAAGAACCCGGUGACCAAGGAGGAUCUCAAGCGCCAGCUCUUGUCGAUGGAGUCCAAGAAGAAGGCCAGGCUGCGCAAGGAGGAGGAGGAGAAGCUCCUGCAGGAGCACCGCCAGCAGGAGAAGGAGCUGGUGGCGCAGGGCAAGACUCCCUUCUACCUCAAGAAGAGCGAGCAGAAGAAGCAGCUGCUCACGAAGCGGUUCGAGGGCAUGAGCAAGGGCCAAGUGGACCGGGCGAUUGAGCGCAAGAGGAAGAAGGUGGCUGGCAAGGAGAAGAAGGAGCUGGGUUCGCUUCAGCGCGUGAGGGACCGGCGGUGAGUGAGCCGGCAAAGGACUAGGCGUCGUAAUUGUUUGGCGGAUGGGGAAGCAAGCGUGAGCGAAGAAAUGUGUAUGUGUGCUCGUAUGGCAUGGAACUUGGGAACCAGGUGUAGAUACCCUCAUAUAUGGAAUAGGCUCGCUAAUCGAGCACAUACGACCAUAGCCACAAGAAAAUUCGGGGUCCCGUUCGCUCCCCCCUAGACAAGCUUGUGAGCGGCAGAUUAGUAGUUGGGUCGGUGACGACCAGCGAACACCGGCUGUUGUAUGUUUUUUGGCCGUCCGAGACGAUUUUUUAGUAUUUUGUGAUGGCGGAGGGUGAGGCCGAUAUAAGGCAAUUUGCAUCACUCUCCAAGCACAUACGACCAUAGCCAUAAGAAAAUUCGGGGUCCCGUUCGCUCCCCCCUAGACAAGCUUAUGAGUGGCAGAUCAGUAGUUGGGUCGGUGACGACCAGCGAACACCGGCU